AUGAGCUCAAACUCAACAAACAAUAUCAGUAAAGACAAGGUUGCUGAGCUCAUAUCAGCAAAUGAGAAGUACUCCCCAGCUACGUCCUGGCUCGAAGACCGUUACAGCAUCUUCAACAAAGGCGACAACAUACAAGGAUACAUUCAGCAGGAAGGCUUCCAGUUCUACUGGGGGGAUCCUAUCAUUACACAGGGCACUACUGGCGAUUUCGUAAAGCAGAUAAUCAACUUGGCUAAGGAGAACAACUGUACGCCUGUAUUCUGCGAGGUGUCGGAGGACCUCGAGGAGUUGUUGGCUGGUGAUGAUUUUGGAUACUCGUGCUUGUCGUGCACACACGAAGACGUCAUUGACCCAACUCAAGUAAAUCUUGACGUAAAGGAUGUUCAGCAGAAUGUCCGUCGGUCGCAACGAGCCGGCGUGACCGUAUACGAGCUGAGUGGUGAGCCAACAGAAGAGCAGCACAGGGCCAUAGAUCAGGGCGUCGACAAGUGGAAAGAGGGCAGGAAGGGUGAGCAGAUCGCCACUGCUUCGAUGGAUCCUUUCCUCGAUUCCACCCAUAGACGCUUCCUCGUUGCCCAAGUGGAAGGUAAAAUAGUCGGUAUUCUUAUCCUCACCCUCCUUAAAAACCACGGAUACCAGAUCAAAAAUUGCACUUCCUUCCCAGACGCCCCGAAAGGCACAUCAGAGAGACUGAUUGUGGAAUGCUUGGAGCUGCUUAAGAAGGAAGACAACCACUUUGUCAGUUUUGGGAUUAGUGCUAGCGAUCACAUGUCGCCAGUGAACAACCUCAAGGGCAUGCGCGUAACGUGGCUCAGCGGCACUUACAAGUCAAUUCUCAAAUCUACAGGAAUAUUUAAAAGAGCUGACUUUCGUAGCAAGUUCAACGUCAAGCAUGAUCCAUUGUAUAUUUGCUACCCUCAGCAUGAAUUCGGACUGGAUGGUGUACAUUCUAUCAUGAAAGCACUUAAAACCAAGUAA